AUGCUGACUUCAACUUUGUUCAUUUUACUCGUAUUCACCUAUCUACUUUUCUGCCGUUAUUUUCGUUUUCGACGUAUCAAAGGUGUUAUAGAGAAACAUAGUAAUGUAAAACUCGAUUAUCGUACAGCUCAAGAAAUUUCUCUUCUCUCUGGUUCAUACGAUAUGCCCUAUGUGCACGAAUUAUCGACUGCAUUUGGUCUCUUUAGAACCUAUGCUAUUCCGACUAUUUCUGAAGUACUGGUUAAGACUAAUCAACUAGCUAACAAAGAUGUUGCUGGUCGUCGAGCUGAAGACACAAGUGUACUUUUGUCUGAGUGUAUUUAUCAUGAUCUUGAUUCUCAGAGAGCAAGAAUGGCUCUUGCGCGUAUAAAUUAUUUACAUAACUUAUAUAGAUGUAGUAUAACAAACGAUGAUAUGUUGUAUACGCUGAGUAUAUUUAUCUAUGAACCUGCUCGGUGGUCUGAACUCUACGACUGGAGACCCCUUGAACCGAUAGAAAAAGAGGCUCGUUAUAUUUUUUGGAAAGAAAUCGGUGAACGAAUGGGUAUUGAAUAUAUUCCAUCGGCAUAUGAAGAACUCGAAAUAUGGAAAAAUGAUUAUGAAAAAGAACAUAUGAUCUUUUCAAAAACUAGUAAAAUAUGUGGAGAAGCUACAUUAAACUUAAUGACUUCUAUUUAUCCUGUUUGGAUGCAAGGUUUUAUUCGUAAUGUAUUAUUAUCCAUAGUCGAUGAACGACUUCGUUUAGCGAUGGAUUUUGAAAAACCACCAACUUGGAUAAAACGAUUGACAAUAACUAUUUUUCGUAUUCGAGCUUUUCUUCUACGCCAUUGUGCACUUCCACGUAUUUAUCCGCAUGAUAAUGGUCAAGGCCCAAAAUCAUGUCCGAUGAAUGAACAUGGAAGAUUUAAUCGAACAAGCUAUAUAUUUGAACCUUGGUACGUGAAAGAAACAUGGUUUAAUAAAAUAAAGCCAUUUGUAGCAAAACGACCAAGUCCUGAGUAUAGAAGUCAAGGAUUUACAAUCGGAGAAGUUGGACCGGAAAAAUUCGUUGGUAAAGGUUUGGAAGCAAUUCAAAACGAUGCAGAACAUAUGUUACAAAGAGCAAUGCUUCCAAUUACCAAUCAAUCGGAAACGCCAGUAACGUUUCAAGUUGACUUGGCAAGUCAGCAUGUUAAUAAUCGAUUAGAACAAGAAAAUAAAAAUGUUUGGGAUACUUCGUUUGAUUCUAAUAAACAUUUCAUAGGUCCACAAAAUUUAAGUGGUCGAUCUGUAUUCGAUAUAGCACCACUCGAUGGCGUAAUACCAGCAGGUGCUAAAAAACAAUUAACAGUGUCUUUUAGUCCGGAUCAUGAUUCCGAUUUUUUUUCGGAUCUUGUUCGUAUUACAAUUUCUGAACAGCCUAUCAAACUUGAAUUUCGUUUACGAGGUGCAGGUCGUCAAAAUUCAAUGUACAUACGACCAUUAGAUAAUGGAAAUAUUAUACAAAAAUGUCUUUUACCAAAUGUAAAUGAAAUAAUAACUACACAGAUGCAAACAGCAGAUCCUAAUGAAAAAGGAAUACCAAAUAAUAUUCUUGUUUUACUCUGUGCACAAUCUAUUAAUGGGAAAUAUGUAGCUGCUCAACGUGAACUAAUUAUAGGUUGUGCAUCCUUGUCAGUUGGAGCUAAAAAGAAUGGUGAUUAUACAUUUGAUAAUUUGAAAGAUAUCAAUGCAGAAGGUUUUAAUGUCGAUGUUCCAAAAAGUGCCAUUGAAAUGGGCACGGAAAAAGUUGUGAAAAUCACUUGGACACCAACAGCUGAUUUUGAUUCAAAUGAAACAUGCCGAGCAACAAUUAAUGUUACAACAAAAGGUGAUAUCGUAAAAAUAUGGCGUGUUAUUUUAGUUGGCUACGUCGAAAUAACAUCAUCAGCUGAUAAACGUUCAUCGCGUACUUCAAAAAAUCCUCGAGUAGUAACGACUGAUACGCGUUCACAUGCGUCAGUAGAUGGUGCUAGUCAACGAUUAGCAAAACAAGUGUCUACACAAGAAAAUAACCAGAGUACAUUGACAACAUAA